AUGGAAGGACUCCUCGAGUCGGUCGAGGCGCCAAACGCGGGUCCGCUUGUCCCCAACAACAUUACGAGCUUGCCAAUCAUUGACAACCCCGUGUGGUUUGGCCUCCACGCGAGCCUCGUACACGACUUGUAUGCAGCGCUCUCGAUCGCAGCACGCCUCGAGAGCACGUACCGGUACUGGCUCUGGCGCCAGUUGCCGCCAGCGAUCGCCGCGGCCGCGCCUCCCAGCCAAACGCGGGUCGAGGUCCUGCAGUACGCGUCGCUCGACAAGGCGCUCGACGCCGCGAGCCUCGAUCUCGACGUCGCGCAAAAGGUGUUUCCGUUGGCCACCACGGCACCGCUGCAUGCCAUUCUGCACGCCGAAGUCGAGACCUUGGCCAUGAUCCGAGAUCGACUGCGAACCGACGUUCGACGUCUCCAAGAGGCACUCGUUGAUGGCGCCGGCGUGCUCCCGCCCGCCCUCGAGCCGCUGCAUGCCACCGUCCUCCGCAACGAAGCACCUGCGUCUUGGCAGCGCGUCGCCAACUCGGACCGGUCGGCAGGUGGCGUCCAUGUCGACGGCGUCGUUCUCGUCGGUGCGUCCUGGCUGCCCGAUGCCACCGGUGUGCACACGUUGCAAGCACCGACGCCAGAGUCGGCGACGACGGGCCCACUCCUACUGCACUUUGCACCGCGUACCGUACCAGCAUCAAAUGGACUCGACGACGCUGCGACGACUUGCCGCGCCCCGUCCACGGUGCCAUUGCCCCUGCUGCGCACGGUUGUGUCCGAUGCUGCGACCGCGGGCGUCACCGAAGUCGUGCACCUUGUGUACCUCCCAAGCACCCUCUCGGCGGCCGAUGUGCUCGAGCGGGGCGUUCACCUCGCCAUUCGAGAUGCGUAG